AUGGCAAUAUGGCCCUUUGGUCGCAAGGGCAAGCGGCCCCGGAGUCAGAUGAAGGCCUCCGACGCCGCCGACCGCAGAUUAUCUUUCGAGGACGCCACUGACAAGUCUGUUGCUGCUGAACAUGCGCUCGUGUCUAGGAAACCGUCUCGGAAGCGAUCGAAACGUGAGAAACAUCGAAGUGCUCCUCCCUUGCGUCAUCAGGCUUCUGCUCGUGCUGUUGCGGGCGAGCCUGUUGGCCCGACAUCGACUUUUGCCUAUAACCUAGACGGCAACCACACAUCGCUCUCAAGUAUCGGCCAGGAUAAUUUCGCCGUCGCCCGUGCCACGCCGACUCUACAAAAGCGGGAUUCUGCUUCCAAGGGAAACACUUUGAAAAAGCGACUUAGCAAACGUUCUGCGCGAGAACUACAACGAGAGCGGGAGAUCAAGGCUUUGAGCUCUUCCCCCCCUUCAGGUAAUCCUCGUUUCGCCAACACCUGGGGCUAUCACGCUUCGGACGUUCGUCGCGGGCCCAGCGUUCGCAGUCGUUAUGGCGAUCACCAGACAUCUAACCAGAGUCUCGCGAUGGGCUCUCAGUCAUCCCUAUCGGACGCCUCUGAUUUAUAUACGUACAAAGUCAAUGCCCUCGCCGUCUUGACCCCCCGACCUGUUAUUCGAUAUUCAGAAAACCAUAACAAACACCUUCCUCCGCGAAGCACAAACCCGUCGUCGAAUUCGAUGCGCAAGGAUAUCAAUCUAGGCGAUGAAGACGACUGGAAAUCGCACAAGAGAGUUGCUGAGCUUGCUGAUGAUUUGGAUGCUUCUGCUCUAAGAGAGCUGCUAGAACGCGAUCGCCGACGAAAAGAGAAGAAGCGUUUGGAAGAUCAAGAACGAAGACAGCGUCGGUUACAGCGUAGACUCGAACGCGAACAGCCCGAGUCCCAGCAUGCGGAAGCACCAAACAAUGUUGAAGAAAUUGAUAUUGAAGAUUUGCGUGGCCGAGACAAGACUCCUUCCCCCGCCACGUCAUCUAGACAAAUUCGUCCAGAGAGUACAAUUGACGAAGACCGAACACAACAAACAGAAGAGAGCAUUUUUUCGCCAGACCAGUCAGGCUCAUGGCUACGGGAGCCUUCCAACAACAGUCAGCAACGUGAAAAGCGCUUCUCUGAUAUAUCGGCACAUGUCAUUGGCAAUAUUGAUGAUCGGUCAAUCCGUGCCGGAAAACAGGGUCAUGAUGUGAAUGCAAUGUCGGAAGAAGACGUUUCAAGACAUCGAUCACCGUUGCUCCAGGCCGUUGCCAAUACCAGCUCAGCUCGUAUGAGCAGCAUAGCUCAAGAGUCACUGUCGGACCUUUCGCGUACCGAGAACUCCGAAAAGCGCCUUUCAGACACAAGCAGCAGACGCAUGUCAUCUUGGAUAGCGUUCUUUAGGAGGAAUAGUUUGAGAAAGAGAAGGUCAAGAGAAAUUGAUGCGCCUCCCUCAGACUUCUCUAAUACAUCCCGAGAUUCAUUUAUGAAGGCGCAAGGUGCUGGUCCAUCUAUGCCGAUUCCCAUACCAGAGCGGAAUUUCCGACGUGCUGGCGCAUAUCGCUCUCAAUCUAAAUUUGUUGAACACCUUGAUAAUUAUCCCAUCUCCCCGCCGGAUUCGCGCAUGCAGUCUCCACUCCCAGUGCCUCUUGAAACGCCGUCCGAUGUCCUGGGAUGA